UAGUAUUAAAAUAAAAAAUCACUUUUAGGCUAAUAAAAUGGAAAAAGUAAUUCAUGAAUUGAUGUAUUCUCUUCGAUAUGCUGACGUUCGUUACGAGAUUUAUCAGUUUUCAUUGCAAAUAAAACAUCAUCCGCUAAAAUUCAGUGGACUGGGUUUCUUCUAUUUCGGCAAUAAUCUUUUACGAAAAUUUGUCACUACAAUUACAACAUUUAUGAUUAUCUUAAUACAAAUGUCUGACGAAUAACAGGAAAAAAACUGAAUUUUUAAGACAAAAUGAACAAUAAUAAAGAGUUAACGCAUGGACCGAUAUGAUAUAAAUUAUUAUAAAUCAAUAUGAAAUAAGAAAGUCGAUAUGUAGAUAGCUUAAUGGUUAAUUGUGUGAAUGUUUAUACCGUUUCUAACGUUCUGCGCACCGAAUACUUUUAGUCUUAAAACACAAUUUCUUUGGUAGAACAAUAUUUUCAUAUACUUUUACAUCGAUAAACGUACGAUAAAAAAUUUUUUAAUGUUUUAACUCUUACUUGUAUUGUGUACAAUUCCCCCCCCCCUAUUGUAAAAAGAAUAAACAAGUUGGUAAUUUCCGAAUAAGUGUAGAAUCAUACAGUG